CUCCCGAUGCGCUGCUGUGAAAUGGACUUUAGCCGCAGCGUCUCACCUGAGCACACCUGACAAGAAAACAGGAAAAGACGAAGAAGAAGUCGGAGAUUUUAAAAAGCUCCUGAGAGGAAAAAUGAGAACGUGCUCCAUGAGAUGUGUUUUGUUCCUUUUGGGAACUUUCAGUUUCAUCAUGUGCAUCAUCUUAUACGGACAAUCCAGCGACGUGACACCGGGCAGUGAGCAGACAGCAGGGGGCAGCGUCCACACUCCAGCUGAGGAUGAGGGGGACCGGAGCUUCGUCCCAGCGGCUUCACAGGAAGAAGAAGAAGAAACGGUAGAAGCUCCAUGUUCUCUGAGGAGAGCAGUGAGGCGCGACCCCCUCCUCAGGACCAGGUUCAGGUUCUCGGGGUCGGUCCUUCAGUGGGCCGGAAGUUUCUCCAAACCCGCCUGGGAGGAGCUGAAGAAGCAGGCGCCGCCGUACGGCUGGAAGGGACUUCCUGUCGACGCCGUCGGCUCCGCCCUCUCCCUCCUCAACACCUCUCGGCUCUUCGAGCGCGGCUCACCUGGCAGGUGUGUUCGCUGCGCUGUGGUCGGGAACGGAGGCAUCCUCCGAGGGUCGGGACAGGGGAGGAGCAUCGACGGCCACGACCUCGUCUUCAGGAUGAACGGAGCGGUGAUCAGAGGAUUUGAAGACGACGUGGGGACGAAGAUUUCCUUCUACGGCUUCACCACAAACACCAUGAAGAACGGCCUGAACCUGUACCGAGCUGACGGCUUCACCAGGAUCCCUCAGAGCGCCGACAUAAAGUACGUCUUCAUCCCGUCAGACCUCAGAGACUACGUGAUGAUGGCAGCGGCUGUUCGGGGUCGGACCGUCGGCUCAGGGAGAGACAAGGGGGACAGGCCCUGGAAGUAUUUCGGUCACAAACCAGCUGAGAGCUUCAAGUUUCUCCACCCGGGUUUUAUUUCCUACGUGACUCACAGUUUCCUUCAGUCUCCUCUGCUGACCAACGUCCGGACUCGUCACCUGUACAUGCCGAGCACCGGGGCUCUGAUGCUGCUGACCGCCCUGCACACCUGUGACCAGGUUUCUGCUUACGGCUUCAUCACCAGGAACUACGCCGCGUUCUCCGACCAUUACUACGACUCCGCGAGGAGGCCUCUGAGGUUCUUCGCCAACCACGACCUCCGGAUGGAGAGCCGGCUGUGGGAGGCGCUGCACCUCCGCAGGGUCGUCAGGUUGUACCAGAGGAGGGGGGGCGGCUGACGGAGGAGGUGGAGAGGAGAAGGGCUCCGGAGUGGAGGCAGCUCCGGUGCUGCUUUAUUAAAAACACAGGAACUUAUUUCAUUUGUCUGGAAAGAUCCCGAUGUUCCCAAAGGUCCCACGUUCCUGCCUGAAUUUUUACCUGAAGUGAAGUGAAGUUGUAAAAAGGAGUUAAGUUUGUUUUAUAUUGAAUGAUGCUGCGUUUCUUCUAUUUUGUAUAUUAAUAUGUUGAUGUUAUUUUCUGUCUGCACUGAUAUCAUUGAAUUAAAUUUGAAUUUAAUUUAA